AUGGCGGCUCAGAAUCCGACCGGCGGCGCCGCCGAGGGCCUGCCGAUGCCCUCGCGCAACCCGCUCCCCCUCUCCGCCUCCCAGGAGGCGCAGAUCAGAGACAUUUACUACGCGCGCGUGCGCAAUGCCUGCGCGCCCGAGAUCAAGGACUGCGCCCUCAACCGGACCUUCACCGUCUCUUUUAUCUGCCGCACGCAGCUGCGCGCCAUGAACGGGUGCAUGAAGGCCCACGCGACGCCCCAGGAGCACGACGCCGCGCGCGAGGAGUGGUUCGCCAAGCGCCUUGAGCGGCAAAAAGAGCGCGAGCGGAAGGCCGUCAAGAAGGCGCAGCAGGAGGACUUCAUCCGCGAGUGGUGGGGCCUGCCCGAGAAGGACGCCGAAACGAGGAGGAAGGAGGAGGAGAAGAUGCGCAUGGCCGAGCGGGUCGGCGGGUACGCCGCCAGGGACCGGAAGAGGUUGGAGGACGAGCAGGCGGCGGCUGCUGCUGCGAAGAGGUGA